AUGGAAAUCGAUCCGCAGCUGCAACGCCGAGACGGGGACCCUCAGCGGCCUUUUUCCACCCCGGGCCGACCGACGAUGAACACAGGCCCGGAGUACCCGGAGCCCCCAUCCCACGCACCCCUAAACCCCUACCAAAGCCGGGAUAUACAUGGUGAUGGGAAUGGGCACAGACAUGGUCUUGGGGAUACGCACCCGUCAUUUGAGAUGGGUCCAGACAACCAAUCCCCAGAGACACACGAUGCGCCCGGCGACGUCAAGCGCUCGCGCGCAUGCGAGCCCUGCCGACAGCUCAAAGUCCGCUGCGACCCAGAUCCGGCACACCCGGAAGGAUCAUGUAAGCGAUGCGCGAAAGCGCGACGGACGUGCAUUGUGACUGCGCCGACGCGCAAGCGGCAGAAAAAGACCGACACCCGGGUAGCGGAGUUAGAGCGGAAGAUCGAUGCUCUAACGGCUACGCUGCAGGCAUCGCAUUCAACUGGUACGCUGUUCCCUGGUGGAGCGGGACAACAAGCAUCGCCGCCUGCGCAGAAGACUGAGCAGCUGGCCAGUCGGAGGUGGUUGGGUGGGGAGUCGAAGAUGGCUGGGAGCAAGCGGCAACAUACCGGCGAAGUUAAGGAUCCAUCUGGACUGCUAGCGCCGCGGUAUUCCCGACCGGGUAGUCCCUCUGCCGAGCAGAUUCCUACUCAAUCGUCGAAGCAUUGGCGCAAACCUGUUUCUGGCGAUUCUGCGCCGCCGAAACAUGAUGCCGGGAAUGAGUUUGCUGAUAUGAUUGACCGGGGGCUUGUAGAUUACAAGACUGCAAACGCGGCGUUUGAGCGGUAUAUCCAUCAGAUGGCGCCAGAGAUACCCUUCGUUGUUUUCCCACCAGGCACUACGAUGGGGGAAGUUCGGCGCAAUAAACCUUAUUUGUUUCUUGCUAUCAUUGGCGCUGCUAUUGGCGUCUUCAAUCCGGAUGUUCAGCCUAUCCUCACGAAUGAGGCAUAUCGUCUGAUCGCUGAGCAAGUUGUUGUCAAAGGCCAAAAGUCGCUUGAAUUGGUUCAGACUCUAAUGGUCUGUUCUAUCUGGUAUCUACCACCAGAUAACUUCGAGGAGCUCAAGUUCUAUAGCUUGACCCACAUGGCUGUGAUCAUGGCAAUGGAUCUUGGAUUGAACCGCCGUAUUUCCGAAAAUAGACGGACCAUUAACAUGAUCCGCGAGCUGAUCAGUAAAAAGCAGACAGGCCCGACGUUUGAUCCAGAAGGACCGGAGGCAAGACGGACAUGGGUCGGGUGUUAUUACUUAUCUGUUCAGGUGUCGGCGGCUUUGAGAAGAGUUCACCUGGUCACCUGGCAGCCGUACAUGGACGAGUGCCUUGAGAUUCUAGAAAACCACCCGGAUGCCCUACCCUCCGACCGAAAAUUGACAUGGUGGGCAAAGCUGGGAUUGAUAAUGGAGGAGUCUGGGCAUCACUUCUCUUCGGAGGAUUCCGAACCCAUUUCCACUUUCGCGAAUAGCAAGUUGUGGUAUAAUAUGAAGGUGUUUGAGGAUCGAUUGGCACAGUGGAGAGAGGAGAUCCCGCGGGAUAUUUAUACUGGGCCGAUGGUUCACACAGAACAUGUCCUGAAUCUCUUUGUGCAUGGAUCUGCAAUGUGUGUGGACUUCAACACUGGCAACAACUCUCCACCUCAGGAUGAUUUACACAGAUCAUCAGUUGCUGCGGUCACUGAUGCGUUGACCACAGCCAUCCGCUGCAUUCAUGGGAGUAUAGAUGUCGUUUGCUCUAUUGAUAGUGACCGACUUAUAUCAUUACCUACGACGACAAUAGCCCGGACAACGUACCCUGUGGUCAGUUUGAUGAAAAUGUACUCACUGUUCAUGUCGCCGGACAUUCGACUCCGGAAGGUUCUCGAUGUGCAGAGUCUUAAAAUCGAUUAUUAUCUGGACAAAGUCAUCGCGCAUUACCGGACUGCCGCAGCGCGUGAUGGUGGCCGUGCAGCAGCGAAAUUUGGAAACAUAAUGGUCCUAUUACGAAAUUGGUUUAUCAAAAAGCGCGAUCAGGGAGAUCAUGGCCGGGAGUUGAAAGAGGUCUUUGCAAAUGAUGAGAAGACGUCUGUCCCGCAGACACACCGGAACCAUGAUACCAAGGGCACGGCAUCUGCCGAUCCAAGAACACAGAUGGCACCGGGCAUGACACCUCUUCAUUUCCUAAGCGAAGUAGCCAUGGGCGACCCAGCGCACCGAGCAAACAAUUCCAAGCCUCAACACUCAAUAACCGGGCAAUCUUAUUCCUCAAAUCACAGUCCGAGCUCAGCGGUCAAUCCAAUGACAACUUCAGACCUAUCUAGUUUCGGGCCAGACGCACCUCAAACUAGCUGGCCAUCUGGCGCAUCAUAUCCAACCACUCUCCCGGGCUCAGACUCGAACCAGAUCGAGACAAGAGGUUACUAUCAACCAUAUUCACCUGCCGAACUUACACAUAACUACCCCGAUCUACCGAGUGCUACUCAGGCUCAGGGAUACCAGGACAUGUCUACUGUGACCGGGAUGCAGCUUGCUCCUCCGAUGGGAAUGGCACCUGAGGUUGGUAUAGACCCCAAUUCUGGUGAAUCUUGGCUUAACUUAGGGAUGAUGGAUGAGGGGCUGUUUACAUUCCCCUUUGAUGGGAAUUUUGGGCUGUUUUAA